CUUAAACCCUGUUCCGUUUAAAACAAUUUCUAGGGUCUCAGAGGAAAGAGAAAGAGAAGCCAAGCUCAAAGCCAUACUCAACCACGCCGAAGAAGCAACAACAAGUGGAUUGCUGUUUUGUCGCUGAGAGUUUGAGAACCAACAAACAUGCAUACAUAUUCGUCUGUCCUAUGUAACUAAACCAGGCCAGCAGUUGCUGAAGAAGUAAAUCUAUAGGGACUUGAAAGCUUGUCGACCCGAGAAGACGGCGACGGGUGGAACUUUUGUGGGCAACUGGCAAUGUCUUUCUUGAGUAAAACUGGGAGUAUGCUCAGGCAGACUGUGAGCAAGCAUAUCAAAUCUGAAAUUUAUGGGUCUAACCCUUUUGUCUUCCAAAUGAUAAGAUGCAUGUCAUCUUCAAAACUCUUUAUUGGAGGACUUUCAUAUGGCACAGAUGAGACAAGUCUGAGAGAAGCUUUCAAUAAGUAUGGAGAUGUUGUGGAAGCGAAAGUAAUUAUAGAUCGUGAUUCUGGAAGAUCCAGAGGAUUUGGGUUUGUUACUUAUACUAAUGGCGAGGAGGCUUCUGCUGCUAUCCAGGCAUUGGAUGGACAGGACCUGCAUGGCCGUAGGGUAAGGGUGAAUUAUGCAAAUGAUAGACCACAAACUGGUGGCUUUGGUGGCGGUUAUGGUGCAGGCAGCUAUGGAAGUGGUGGUUAUGGUGGCGUUGGAAGCUAUGGAGGGGCCAAUUCUGGUAGCUAUGGCAGUGGAGAAGGAUACGGUGGUAGCAGCUAUGGUGGAGGGGGCUAUGGAAGUGGAGGCAGUGGGGACGGUUAUGGAGGGAACUAUGGCCAGGGUGGCAGUUACCCGAACAGCGGGCACAGCAGAAAUUUUGGCCAUGUUGGUGUUGCUGGUGGUGGUGGUGGAAGUGAUAUAUAUGGUGGUAGCAGGGAUGGUGGAGUGGAGAACAGCAGCUUCACGAGCAGUGGAUAUGGUGUUAGUAGUACAGGAGGAGGAUUAGGAGGAUAUAGUCCUGAGAGCAGCAGCAGCAGCAGCAGCCAAAUGGUGGAUGGUUCGGAUCCAGUAGAGGGUGAUUACAAUGCUGAUGAUGAUGGUGAUGACUAUGCCAGCAGAAGAGCGUGAUUCCUGAAAGAGGUAGUCAAUUGUUGUGGUGGUACUAAGAAAUACCAAGCGGUUGAAUGUGUCUUUAUCUUCCUUCCGUUCAAUUCACCACUAUCAUUAGAAGAUCACCCUUGCCCUUUGUUUUUUUUUCCCUUAUUCCCCUGCCGCCCGUCUCUCCAUUAUGUGUGCCCGCCCCGUCUCUCCAUUAUGUGUGCUGUCUUCUUUCGCUCUGUGAAGUACAUUUUAUGUUGGGUGCAGUGGUUAGCUUUUGAUAAAAAGUGCUUGUUUUUAGAACAA